AUGUACGCACCAAAGCCCGGAGUCGCGUACAACGACGAUACAGGCCUUCGCGUCACCAAAAGCCGCUCACUUCAUACACCCCUCUCUCUCUUAGAACGAUUGGGGGGCUCUCUGACUGACACUGGAUCAUCCCUUCAGGAUCGUUUGUCUGAUAGCACGUCGAACACACAGAGCUCCUUAUCAGAUGACGACUACAUGUCAGUACGCAUUACGGAAGUCCCGGACAUCCUCUACCACCCCCGAGCAAUCAACAGUCCAGCAGCAUGGAUUCGUCAUAACGACACCUUACUCGAGAACGCUCGGAAAGCCACCACAGCACGGCGAGCGGCGCAAGGCAUCAAGACAUCACCCUACUGUCGUUCUCAAUCGCCAACAUGUAUCUCGGAAGCCAUCCACUCCCCUCACGAGCGUACAGAGGUCAUGUUUCAGAGGAUGUUGAAGGACGAAUCCGCGAAGAUAACCUACACGAAGAGCACCUGGUCCGCCCCUCAUUUCGCGUGGAAUCCUGAAUUCCUCGAAGUCGCAUACCUAUUCAUUCCUGACGUUGAAAGCGAGGCCCGGCUACGCUACUGGGCCAAUUGUUGGGAUUCGGUCGGCACCGUUCGUAAGCUCCUUACAACAGCUAUUGAACACGGGAUCCGCUUCUAUCUAGCUCUACCUCCUGACGCCGUGCGACGGUUCCGCCCUAUCUUGGUGGACAGCCUCGAUCAGAGCUCAGCAUCUUUCAUUUACAAUGUCGGUUUUCAAGAAGCCCCACUUGCCCCUGCGGACAAUACGGCGACAUUCUGUGCAACCUAUCUAGCCCGUAUGAACGACGUUCUCCGUCGCCCCCACGCGCGCGCUUUCAUUGCAGAAGGAGGCCAAUUUAGUUGGAUAGCAAGACGAUGGACAGGGACAAGACUCGUUGAGGAGUUCAUGUCCGGACCCUCCAUCCAGACCACGGUCCACAACAGAGGCUUUUACGAUUCGGCAUCUGAAGACGCUUCGUACCUCGCAUAUGACGUCGUCUCGGAGCAGGAAAAAGACUUGCUGCUGGGAUAUUGCGCGGGCUCGAACGGUUGUUUGGGUCGCUGGCUCUUCCCUCCUGCCGACAUCUUCAAUGGAGGCUUCACAUUAUGGACAGGAGAAUGGAAUGAAGCGCUCGAUCACGUCUACAGAAGACUCGCCGACGAUAUCGCUAGAGGUAAAGCAAAGCUUCGCACUCGGGAGAAGUGGAAAUGCUGGAUUAGGAAUAACGAUCGAGGACAACGCCGCCCCGCCUACCUGCCUUCUACUGCAGACUUCCAGAGUGUAAUGGAGGGCAUCUCGCUAGCGGGACUCAAACCCACCUGGCACAAGGAACCUUUGGACAAAAUCACGUUCCCCGAGAAACAAUUGGACUAA